UUGGACCCGUUUCCUUACUGCACUGAUGUUGUUGGACGCGGAGAAGAGGCCAGAGGGGCCGAGUGUCCUUUACUCUGCUCUGCUCGAGGCGCGGCCGGUUGCCCUGGCGACACCGCGCUUCGUCGCCGUCACCGUGCAGCGGGCGUUCCUUUAUGGCCCCCGGUUGCCAGGCAGCGCGACAAGGCGCGGGCCCGUGAUUCCCGCAGUCGCCCAGCGACGUCCAUCUGCAGACAGCGCGCCCGGAGCCCGCACCUCCGCAGGGUCGAGACUAACCCAUUGGCGAGACAUCACUAGAGGCAGGGAAUGGCGGCCGCCGUCAGUCUAGUGCGGCCGGCGAGGACGGCCCAGACCGUAAUCCCCUUAGUGAGAGGUCCCGAGGACCGGCACUUCUUCACCAGCUUCCAAGACCAGAACAACGUCGCUUUCGCCAAGUGGUCCCCUUACGCGGUACCUCCGGAUGACCUGUACCCGCUGGCGCCUCACCGGCAGGAGGUGCCGCUACUCGACUCCACCACAGGCUUCAGGAGCGUGGUGGCCAACGUGGGCGGCCCGCGGAUCCCCAGCGCGCCCUUCUACAAGGGACCGGGUGGCGACUACCGGGCCCGCACCGCCAUCGGCAUGCGGCCUCUGCUGCUCGACAUGGCGGCACAGGCGCGCUGGAACUCGAAAUCCGUGUCUGCCGAAGCUAUGCGGGCCAGAGUGGGAGGUUGGACAAGCCCAGUUCGAGUGACACCAACACCACAUGCAGUUCCUGUUAAUCUGAAAACCCAUACUUUUAAUUUAAAUGUGGAUCCUACAGAUCAGAUGACCAGUGAUCCAACACCUGACAGUAUAAGAGACAGAAAAGCAAAAAAAUACAUGUACACUUCAGCCACACAAAGGAGUUACGAGGAUGUUAACUGGGACUGCAUGUUACCACCCAAAGCCAAGCCUGCAGAUCCAACACAGGACAUUCAAUCUGACCCUUUGUCACGACAUUCAACUCUAAAACGAUUCGAACCAAGACCUCAUGUGUGGCAACUCACCAACCAUUUGUGCCUAUUCUGUUUCAUGGCUGUGAGUGGGCUUGGAGUCUGGGACAAAUGUCAAUCACGGCCCUCAACCGCAGUAGUUAAGCCACACAAUUUUACCAGCCCUUUUCCCAGAAUUAGCCAGAUUCCACUCUAUAGUGGCACUGUUGGUAGCACUAACGUUGAUGAUGUGGAUAAUCCUUACACUGAAUUUACCCCCUUCACUGUUCUUCGAACGAGAAAACCACGACAAACAGAUACGAACUAUCGUCCAGAUAUCCCUGGUUACACAGGUAAAAGGCAAUGGCUUGGCACAGAAUCUAACAAAUCCAACAUUUCAAGUUCUCCAGAACACGUACUGGGAAUUUCACAAGGCACUGAAAAUUCAGCAAAGCAUGGACAUCAAUCACCCUUAUCUAAGAUGGUGACAAUAGUUCCACCCUCCAAUCCUUUUAAUAUGAUGACUGAUGCGGGCAAGGACAAACCUAUUCUCAAGAGAAAAUACCAGGACCAAAGUACCCUCAAAACACAAGAAAAGAGUGGAACGAUGAAUAUAUCGGGAAUGGCUUUUUCCUUCCCCAAGAUGAACUGACAAGCCCUGCUCCCUCUGUUUUGCAGUGUAAAAUAUAGAAACGAGCGCCUGGCUCCUUCAAAAUUCCAGACUCAUUUAAGAACAAAGCAUAGCAAUCAUCAAAAUAAGUCCAUACAGUCUUUCAAAAACACUCGUGAGUAUUUGUGGAAGCAGCAGAAUUUUCUCUAGUCGAUGGUAAAGAGUGACACUGCGACUAAAAAAACUUCUUCUUCUUGCCUCUCUUUCAUGUGCUCAUGAAAGAAUAAAAGCCAUACACAUAGGCUGAGAAAGUUGUCAACCGUGUGUGAAAAUCGCUGUCAAUCUACAACAUGGUGGAAAGCAAGCAGUGGAUAAAGAUGUGCAAAUUCCUUUCCAAUGAAACUUCGAUCUACUAUGAUUGCUGACGAUCUGAAGCAUCAACUGAUGGCAAAACUGUUGGAAGCACCAUUUUUCACUCUGCAGUUUGACGGAACUACAGACAUUAAAAACUAUGCACAACUCAUUGUGUAUUGUCGUUUCCCGGAUCAAAGCUUGAGAAAAAUUGUCGAGCAUUAUCUCUUUUGCUUGCCAGUUGGAGAGCAAACAACAGGUGAAUUUAUUUUCUCCAAGCUUGACAAAUUAAUGGAAUAUGAAAAUUUAUCUUGGAGCAAAUAUGUUGCUGUGACGACAGACAUUGCUGCAGCCAUGAUGGGGAAACAGAAAGGAGCCACUGCCGCAUCAAAGAAAAAUCCCAGAAUUGCACCUUUUUACAUUGUUGUUUACAUCGGGAAGCACUGGCUGCCAAGAAACUCAACACUUGUUGCAAUGACCAGAGCUGGAAUAAAAUAGUUUAAGAAGCACUAAAGCAACAAAGGAGUUUUUUCAAAGCUAGAAAAUGGUCAGUUCCUGAGUGGCAAAGUCAAUCACCCGAUCUGAACCCAAUUGAGCAUGCCGUUUAUGUGCUGAAGAUAAAUCUGAAGUGGACUAGCCCCCAAAACAAACAUAAGCUAAAGAUAGCUGCAAUACAGGCCUGGCAGAGCAUCACCAGAGUCAGGGGGACGGAAAUUUAUAU